UGAACGUAGUUCAGAUCCAGUUGUGACCCGGUUCUGAGCCUGGUUUGGUUCCGGUUCUGAUCCGGUUCUGAGCCUGGUUUGGUUCCGGUUCUGAGCCUGGUUUGGUUCCGGUUCUGAUCCGGUUCGGUUCCGGUUCUGAUCCGGUUUGGUUCCGGUUCUGAUCCGGUUCGGUUCUGGUUCCAGUUUUCACCGAAGCGCCGCUGUUGCGUUUGGCGUCACCAUGACAACGGGCUCGGCUCCGCCCAUGACUCUCAGCAACAAUACUUAGAUUAUCGAUCCAGAACCAGAACCAGAACCGCCUGGUUUUACAUGUUUGGUUUCCGGGUUUCACUAAAACAGCCGCAGGAUUUUGCACAUUAAAAUCCAACCUGGAAAUAUUUUGUUUCAUAAAAAGGAAGCAGAGUUUAUGAAAGCAGCAGAAUAUCUGCAGGACCCCAACUGCUUUAUGAUCAGGCAGCGUCCAGGGCAGCUCGCAGCCGGAAGGACCCCGAACAUCCGGCUCUUCGCGACUCAGAAACCCGGUCCAGUCAAACCCGCACCGAGACACGGAACCACACAGUUGGGUCAGGAUGGCAGAGGUGAAGGUGAAGAAGGACGAACCUUCGGAACCGGCGGAGAUAGAGAACAGGAUCAAGGAGCUGUGUCAGCAGUUUCCCCAGGGAAUCACAGACCAGGUGAUCCAGAACGACCUGCCUCACCUGGAGCCCCAGCAGCGCGCCAUGGCGCUCAACAAGCUGCUGUCCCUGGGUCAGCUGGACCUGCUGAGGAACAGUUCGGGUCUGCUGUACCGGCUGAAGGACACGCAGAGCGCCAGUAAGAUGAAAGGUUCUGACAACCAGGAACUGGUCUACCAGAUCAUCGAGGACGCGGGAAACAAAGGAAUCUGGAGCAGAGACAUCCGCUUCAAGAGCAACCCUCUGACGGAGAUCAACAAGAUCCUGAAGAACCUGGAGAGCAAGAAGCUCAUCAAGGCCGUCAAGUCUGUGGCGGCCUCCAAGAAGAAGGUGUACAUGCUGUACAACCUGCAGCCGGAUCGAACGGUGACGGGCGGCGCCUGGUACAGCGACCAGGACUUUGAGUCCGAGUUUGUGGAGGUUCUGAACCAGCAGUGCUUCAAGUUCCUGCAGAGCAAGGCGGAAGCGGCGAGGGACGGGCAGCAGAGCCCGAUGGUCCAGAGGAACAGCUCAUUCGCAACGUCACAUGAGGUGUGGAAGUACAUCUGUGAGCUGGGAAUCAGCAAGGUGGACCUUUCCAUGGACGACAUCGAGACUAUCCUAAACACACUGAUCUACGACGGGAAGGUGGAGAUGACGGUGAUCGCUGCCAAGGAAGGGACGGUGGGCAGCGUGGACGGCCAGAUGAAGCUGUACCGCGGCGUCAACGCCAUCCUGCAGCCCACCGGCCUCGUCAAGACGCCCUGCGGACUCUGCCCGGUGUUCCACGACUGCCAUGAAGGAGGAGAGAUCUCCCCAUCCAGCUGCAUCUUGAGCGAGUGGCUGGACUUCUGA